AUGCGACCAGACCUAGCCCUUAACGUUUGUUCUCCGCAAUUUGAGGACACCUAUUUGAGCCAUAACUUGUUCCAGUAUGGUCCAUCCGUGUUCAACAUCACCAUCUUCUACAACUGUUCCUCCUCCUCAUAUAUAGACACCACUGUUGUGCCGAUCAAGUGCGGACACGAGAAUACUCUUUUUUCUGAUGGUGCAGAAGACGAGCUGCUGAGAAGUUUUCCAUGGCUUGAGAUGUGCGAGAAGCAUGUCCAAGUUCCGUUGGACGUUGUAUAUUAUGGCGAAGGUGGAGAUGAUUUUCUGAACCAAGCUUUCGCUAGUGGCUUUCUGGUCAACUAUACUGUUCUGCACACUGUUCCCGAUGACGAGACACAAAAGAGAUAUAAAUUUUCAGAAGUCAAGAAAAUGACAGACUCCUUUAAAGUUAAACUGGGAGAAGGUGGUUUUGGUGUAGUAUACAAAGGAGAGCUACCCAGUGGUUAUCCUGUGGCAGUAAAGAUGUUGAAUUCAUCCAAAGGAAAUGGGCAAGACUUCAUCAACGAGGUUUCUAGUAUUAGUAGGACUUCUCAUGUUAAUGUUGUCACAUUUUUUGGAUUUUGUUUGGAAGGCACUAAGAAAGCUCUCAUUUAUGAAUUCAUGCAUAAUGGUUCCCUUGACAAGUUUAUUCACAAGAAGGGACUUGAAGCCACUCCAUUGUUGAGCUGGGACAAUUUGUGGAAAAUUGGCCUAGGAAUAGCUCGAGGACUUGAGUACUUACACAGGGGAUGCAAUACUCGAAUUUUACAUUUUGACAUAAAACCGCAUAACAUUCUUCUGGAUGAGAACUUUUGUCCUAAGAUAUCAGAUUUUGGACUUGCAAAGCUUUGUCCCAGGAGAGAGAGCAUUAUUUCAAUGUCAGAUGCUAGAGGAACAAUAGGAUAUGUAGCUCCAGAAGUAUGCAACAGACAUUUUGGUGGAAUUUCACACAAAUCAGAUGUUUACAGCUAUGGAAUGCUCUUGUUAGAAAUGGUGGGAGUGAGGAAAAAUAUUGAUGGGGAAGCUGGUGACACAAGUGAGGUAUACUUUCCAGAUUGGAUAUACAAAAGGUUAGAGCAGGGUGGAGAUUUGAGAACUGAUGGUGGGGAGAUGGUCACAGAAGAAAAAGAGAUAGCAAGGACAAUGACUGUAGUGGGUUUAUGGUGUGUUCAAACGAUUCCACAAGAUAGACCUACCAUAAGUAGAGUAAUAGAUAUGCUAGAAGGCAACAUUAAUUUCUUAGAAAUACCCCCAAAACCUGCUCUUCAUUCUCCCACUGGAUCUGUGCCAGAAUUUAGCACUAGUUCUUUUCAAUCUGUGUAG